AUGCUUCAAUCUUCUAUAACAGCAUGGCUGAAGAAGCCAGCGAUUGUUAUGAAAGCUGACCAACCACCUCCAGCUCCAGCAUCAACACCGGUACCAUUCGCACAUGCGCAACCGACCGUAUCAGGGCCUGAACCCAACUCCGCUCCCACUGUAGACAGCGCCAGUGGGCCGUCACCGAAGCUACCCACUGCUCCUCUAUUCUCCACACCUCCACUCCCUGACAAUGUCGAACUCGCGCCGCUUACGCAAGAGCUCAUACCCUCUUUCAAGCGCAUCCUCAAUUUGACGCUUCCUGUGUCGUACCCUGCCGUCUUCUUCACCGAGUCCAUGGAGGAGCCGUUCCACAGUAUUACGCUCAUGGCUCUAUGGCAUGCAGCUCCGGCAGACGGUACACCCCUGGCGAGCAUAGAGAAGCCACGUUUGGUCGGUGCGAUUCGAUGUCGCAUCUUGCCUUCCGCAAAUCUCUACAUAUCCACAAUCAGCCUGCUUGCUCCAUACCGUUCGCAUGGUGUUGCUACACAUCUGUUGCAGAGGAUAGUCGCCAAGGCUGUCGAAGUACAUGGCGUUCGGUGCGUCACAGCUCAUGUGUGGGAAGCCAACGAGGACGGACUGGAAUGGUACAAAAAGAGGGGCUUCGAGAUUAUUGGAAAGGAAGAUGCCUAUUAUCACAAGCUCAAGCCUCAAGGUGCGUUCCUUGUUCGCAAGUGGAUUGGUGUUGCCGAUUUACUAGCACACCCGGAUGAAGUGAGCGUUGUGAACAGGUGA